AUGUCAAAUUCUUUUGCAGAUGAACUUCGUAAAAUCCCAUUUGUUACACGCGUAGUCUGCGCGUCGUCCCUCAGUGUUACACUUUCUUGCAUCAUGCAAUUAGUUCCACCAUACAAGGUCUUAUUUAUCAGGGAGUAUGUCAUCCAACGGUGGGAGAUUUGGAGACCAUUUACUAGUCUAUUCCUUGGAACUAUGAAAUUCGAAUAUAUAUUCGAAUUAUUUAUGCUGUAUCGUAAUUCCAACAGUCUCGAGACGCAACACUACGCCCGUCGUUCUGCUGAUUACGCGUGGCAGCUUUUCCUAGCUACGAUCGGCAUUCUUAUCGUCAACAUCCCACUACAAUCUGUCGUCCACAGCCGUCCUCUCUUGCACACCCUCACCUACCUCGUCUCUUCCCUUUCACCACCAGGCUCUCAAGCCUCAAUUAUGGGUCUCAUAACCAUCCCCGUCACUUAUUUCCCGUAUGCCAUGCUAGGCAUGGAUUUGUUGAUGGGCGGAACCGGAGCUGCAGCACAGGGAGUUAGUGGGAUGAUCGUAGGCCACUUAUGGUGGUGGUUCGUAUGGGGCUCUGGAACUGGUGCUGGUGGUGCAGAACAGGGGCGCUUGGCAGGUUAUGGGCAGGCUCCAGGAUGGUUGCGAAACUGGUUCGGAGAAACUAGUAUUACGCCCAGUACUGGCAUGCACCGAGACGGUGUGACAUCUUACGCACCAAGACGAAGGGCAGAAGAAAGCGCUGGCGCCCCAAGAACUGGAUACAACUGGGGUUCAGGACACCGGCUAGGAGAUUCGUAA